AGGACGAGUCCCAGCGCGCGCGAGCCGCGACCCGCCUGCCCUGGAAUGCGCGCUCACACGUUGCCGCUGCCGCCCUUCUGGAGCUCGCGGACCCUGUCCUCCACGCGUCCCGUCCCUUGAUCGCCGUCCUCACGGCACGGCUGCGCGUCUCGAACGCGACCGGGCGUCUUUCCUUGCGCCGACACCCCUGUACGAGGACGACAGUCGACCGGUCAGUGAUUUCCAAACUACCCCUCCGUUGCCUCAAGUAACGUUACCGUCCGUGUCCAAAUAAAACCCGAAGACUCAGCUCUUCCCAAAACUACCUUCGUUGACUCUUUCUUUCGGAACAAGUGAGUUGUGUAUCGCGUGUUACUCUCUCCCUGAAACUUCUGGCCUGUACCGUGCUCGAUUUACGUCGCUUGUGCUACGUGUGUUGCCGCAGCGUGGUUUCUCGUUGUCCCGCGACUGCGGCGGACGCUUCGCCUGGAACAGUGUCCGCGGUGGGAGCUAUGCGCAGCGCCUAGCAGCGCGGCGACCCACACUGCACAGCCGUACCUGCCACGAGCGACGCGACAGCUGCCGGCCGCCGCGAUGAGGAAGGACAUGAAGAAGUCCUCCUACUACGUGUGGUUCCUGGGCGCGCAGGAGGCCAAGGGCCUGCGAGGCCCGGAGUACAUCCUGCCCGCGCUCAGCACUCUCAUCGCCCGCGAGAGGGAAGUGGAGCCCUUCAAGGUGACGCUGCAAGUGAGCCACAAGGGGCUGAAGAUCAUCCAGAACGUGCCGAAGGCGUCGGGCGGCAAGUCGGGGGCGGGCGGCGGGGGCGGCGCCGUCAAGUGGGAGACGGUGAAGCAUCUGGUGCCGGCCGAGGCGGUGACGUGCGCGCUGCAGCAGGCCGACGUGGUGGCGGCCAUCCUGCUGCUGGUGAACCCGGCGACGCGCUGCCCGGUGCACGUGCACGCCUACCGCUGCGACAGCGUCGAGACGGCGAGCCUGCUGCGCGCGCAGCUGGCGGCGCUCGCUGAGCGGCCCGACACGCUGCGCCGCAUCGCCGAGCUGGAGGCGCGCCUGCGCUCGCAGGGCCUGCUGCCGCCCGCGCCCGGCGCAUUUCAGGCAGCCACUCAGGGUCCGAGUACUGAACCUGGAGGUGUGACACGGGUGUUACGGGAGCAGCUGACGCCCUCGCCACGGGCUGGAAAGCGCUCAGCCGGACCGCCGGUGUCUGCGUUGCGCUGCAGUGGCCACAGGCCGGAGGCGGGUUUCCGCCCGGACGCAUUACGUCGCAGCAGCAGCACUCGCGAAUCGGACAGCUCCGGGUCGUCGGGCCAGGGCCAGGACCGCAUAGCGUCGCUGUACGACUCGCUGGCGGCGGAGCUGCGUGCCAAGCUGGGCUCCGGGGGCGGCGCCGGCGGCGGCGUCGGGGGCGGCGGCGCUCCCCGCGCCCCGCUGCUGCUGCCACCGCGAGACUACGACACGGUGCACCGCGCGCGCGGCAACAUGGCCGCUGUCGACCUGCGCCGCUCCGCCGCCGCCUCCGCCGCGACGCCGGGCAAGGACGCC